AAAGAAUUUCCAAUUCUCUUUACUCUUUUAUAGUUCUCAACUCAAUUUUACGCUGCUGGUCUGCUGUUUCAUAAAUUUAUGUAGUGCUGCUUAUUUCUGAUGAACAUAUAUUAGCCAUGGCCGACAAAGUAGAACAACUUGAAAGAGAAGUGUCCAAUCUGAAACUAGCUGAAAAUAAGGAGCAGGAUCAAAAAACUGAGGCCUGCAUUCCCAUAGAGGGGACGUGCCUCGUGACAUGAUCAAGCAUCCUCUGCAGAACUCGUGGACGCUCUGGGAGCAUUUAAACGUCCGUACUAAGUCCUGGGAGGAAAAUCUGGUUGAGAUUUUCAGUAUCGAGACUGUCGAGGACUUUUGGACGAUGGUAAAUCACAUCACGCCAGCUAGUAAGCUGAAGAUUGGCACUGGCUACUUGCUCUUCAAAAAGGGCAUCCCACCCAUGUGGGAACACCCUGCCAACAAGAACGGCGGCCGCUGGUUCGUGUCGUUUGAGAAGAAGAAACGCCGCCUUGAACUUUUGACAAUUGCUGGCUUGAAGUGAUGCAGAUGCUGUGCAAGAUUGGUGAAGGUGCGGAGGCCUUUGGCGAGUACAGUGAUGAGGUCAACGGCGCUGUUUUGAACUUGACACCGGGAAGGGUGACAAAAUCGGCAUCUGGACUGCUGAUAGCACUCGCACCACCUGCAUUAUGGAGAUUGGAAAACGCAUUAUGUCGUCCCUGCUGGGCGCCACAACCAAUGUUCCGAUCAAAUAUCAGCGGCUCUGUGACCUGAACGAGCGCCCAGAGAACAGAAACUUGUACCAGCUUUAGAGACAAUAUUGCGCUUUUAAAAGGACUUUGGGAGGAUGAAAUGAUUUGUAGCAAAAUUUUCAAAGUAUGUCGAAAGUCAUAACUUAAAUGAAUUUGAUUUGAAAGCCUAUUUCAUGAAAUAAAACAAAAAGUUUAAGAGUACUGCGACUUUCAGUUGUUUGAGUUAUGCAAUUUAGGUGACCUGAAUGAGUUUCUUGUUAGCAACGCGUCAAAGUUAAAUUGAGAGCUGCUGAAUUUAUAGUGGAAAUAAAUCAAUUAACUGAACCUGCACCAGAUGCAGGGAAAAUUUAGAGAAAAUGUAUUAAUUUUUAUUAGUUUCUUUUGCGGCUUUUGUUGC